UGUGAGAGUGCUGUGGAAGGCAGUGCGUGUGUGAGCGUUUGGAUUGCGCAAACGCCGGUUUGGGGCUCUCUGUCGCUCAGCGUUAAAGAUUCUUAAAGCAAGAGUUUUCCCCCAGGACUGGCAUUAUGUCAAUCCCGCUGGAAACAGCUUUCUUCUCGGCAGCUACCCCGUUGUACUGGCUAGGAGCUUUGACUGCGGCCUGGCUCUCCCUGCGCGCCGGCAGCCUGCUUGCUACCGGGUUUCGUGUGUGGGUGUUGGGGAACGGUCAGCAGGUGGGGCCGCAGCUCGGCAAGUGGGCAGUUGUCACCGGAGCUACAGAUGGAAUUGGAAAAGCCUAUGCCGAGGAGCUGGCUCGCAGAGGAAUGUGUGUCACUCUCAUCAGCAGGUCCCAGGAGAAACUGGACCAAGUUUCCAAUGAGAUCAGGGAGAAAUUCCAAGUUGACACAAAGACUAUUGCUGUGGAUUUUGGACAGGGAGUUGGGAUCUACCAGACAAUCGAGAAGGGACUGGCAGGGCUGGAGAUUGGAGCACUAGUUAACAACGUGGGGAUCUCCUACAGCUACCCAGAGUACUUCCUUGAUGUCCCUGACCUUGAUAACAUGAUCAGCAACAUGAUUAGCAUCAACGUCAUGUCAGUCUGUCAGAUGACACGGUUGGUGCUGCCAGGGAUGGUGGAGAGGUCCAAGGGAGCCAUUCUGAAUAUCUCCUCUGCAAGUGGCAUGUACCCAGUCCCCCUUCUCACACUUUACUCCUCCACAAAGGCAUUUGUUGAUUUCUUCUCUCGAGCACUGCAUGCAGAGUACAAGAGCCGGGGAAUCAUUGUGCAGAGCGUCCUGCCCUUCUUUGUGGCCACCAAGCUGAGCAAGAUCCGGCGGCCGACCCUGGACAAGCCCAGCCCUGCAGCCUAUGUGAAGGCAGCUCUGAGCACUGUAGGGCUGCAGGUCCAAACCAACGGCUACCUGCCUCAUGCGCUGAUGGGCUGGGUGACCACAAGCCCGAUGCCAUUGCAGAUGGUGGUGAACUACUCCAUGAAGUUGAACAAGGGGCUGCGUGCUCGCUACCUGAAGAAGCAGAAGGCUCAGUAAAUAGGAAGAGGAGCUUGCGAAGGAAGACUUCAAACCGUGGGCCAAACUACUAUAGGAAAUAUAUUUUAUGUUUUGCAAUAAUACACAACUUUUAAAUUCUUGUUCUGAGGAAUCUUAACCAUUGAGAAAGCUAAACUUCUAAAAUAUUCCCAAGUGACCUCUUGGUUUGUCUCCUGUGUUUGUGUUACUGUGUGUUUGUUCAUUUCUAGCCUAUGUUUAGUGGACAAGUUAGUCUGCAGAAGGGUGGUAAACACAAUUUAUGCAGAGCUUUAUGAUCUAUGGUCAUAUGGAAUGUGGAAUUGUACAGAUUUGAAUAGGUCUGCAUAAUGAUACAGUAGCUGUGUGUGCAUGUAUUUGUGUAUGUGAGUGUGUGUGUGAUUGAGGCUGCACAAUUUUCAUACAGACUACAGCAGGUUCUGAUGUAUUCUUGUCUGUAGAAGUUGUGUGUGAUUUUUUUCUCUGUCUCAAUAUUUACUAAGGUGCCACUCUAGCAUUUUAUGGUAUGCUAUUAUGACAUUGCAUUCACUGAUUGUAAACAUUUUAAACCAUAUGCAAAAAAAAAAAAAUCAACCCGUACCACAAACACCAUAAAGGUAUUAUCUAUACAGUUAUAAAAUGUCCAACCUGCUACUGUUGUACAUACUUCUCAAAAUGAUGUAAACAGAAACUACCGACAAUGUCCAAUUUAUUACAUGAAAUAGUAUAGUUGUAGUACGAAUUUAGACAAAUCCUGACGGAAUCAAUAUGUGUGUCGUAUGAUUAGUCUGUCUUUCAUUGCUGCUGUUACGGAAUGUUAAUCUUGCUUUUCUUGAUAUAUUAACUAUACAGUAAGUGCACCCCAAAUCAUGAGACUGUUUGCAAAUUGGAAUGAUGGGAAUACAUGUGACAACAAACUAACAAUAACAAGACAACCAACAUUCAUCACCAUUGAGUCCAAGUCCGACCCUGUUUGUCACUACAUGUUUGGGAUUUAGUGCUUCUAACUUCUCGACCAAUUUUAGAGGAAAUCUUUAAAAUACUUCUCUUGGUGUACUGCACCUUCAGCUUGGAGUGAAUUUGGAGAGUGUGUGUGUGUAUGUAAAGAGUAAAGAUGCAUCAUCUCUUUCUGAUGAUCAGGGCCUGUAAAAAAAUGUCCUCUUUCAAGGAAAUAACAGUACAAAUGAAAAAUUAUUUAAGUCUGUAGCGCUUCAAAUCCGUAUCUCUGUAUAUGAGUCUGAUCCACUUUCCAGAAACAUCCUGGUAUGAGAUCACAAUACUGAUUUAAAUGGAAUUUUGCAGAAGAAAACCACUGCAAUUAACAAACCCAGUGACCAUUGAUGAUCCAGGCAGACUACAGACACCAAAAUGCAGUCAGGUUCAGAGAUAAGAGUAAACGGACACUGGGCCAUAUUUUCAGCCUUUAAUUAGGGGUACAAUAUCUAAUACUAAUUUUACAAAACUAGAACCAAACAGCCAAGUUAUGUAGUUCACUUUAUCUUAAGCACUCUCAAGGUGGUUUGUUUUUCAUUCUGUAAAACUAACGUUUUUUUCUCCUUUCAGAAAAUAGGAGUUAAUUAAAGAAAGGGGUAACCUGCAUCCACCCUGGUUUAAACAUUGAAAUCUGGCAAACAAAAUGUAGUUAAGAAAGCUGCUAUUAUUGUAGGCAGGGAAGCUUGGAUGCUGAUAUACUGCAUAGUGAGCAAACUAAAAGAAAGUUAUCAAGCAGACAAGCACUUUGGCUAAUGCAUUCCUUCUGAGGUGUUCGACUUGCUUUUAGUUUUACCUCGGGUAUUUUAACGGAUGAUUUCUAGAAACAGAUUAUGCAUCUUUACUAAAACAUGCUCAGUUUAUAGCAGUGAAAUAAACACAAAACCGAUGCAAUGGUGCUGAUGUACAGCUUCUCGAUGGGAAGGUCACUGGGUGUAAAGGGUGACGUGUGUGUUGUUGGUUCCAAACUUUAACUGUGUUUGCCUGUAGUGGAAUUCUGGCUGUUUAGCUUGGAGGCUGCCUGUGAGUUAUCGCUUCGUGAAUGUAGGCUUUCUUGUAUGGAUUUGAGGUUUCCUAACAAUAAAACAUAAUCUGAAAAGCCA